AUGCCUCAGACAGUCAAUUCUCUGUGGGCGAGUUGGGUUCAAAAAGCGGCGAACGAUGCUGUCGCCAAUGGACGAAGGGAGGCUGAUUCAUAUAAGGGAGCUGCUAGGGCGAUUGGGGCACAUCAUAUCAAGCUCGUACACCCUUCAGAGGCAUUGGCACUGAAAGGUGUUGGACCUAAGACUGUAGCCAUCAUUGCUUCACGUUUGCGAGACUAUUGCGAAGAAAACAACCUGGAAUUCCCGGCUACACGUGAGCGAACAAAUCAUCAUUCUCAUUUUUGCUUCAUGGCUUUGGAUGAUGAUUCAGAAGAUGAAAACCCUUUAGCGAGUUGCUCUACUAACUCCGCUGCUCGCAAUCGAUUGUCCGAUGCCAAUCCCCGAUCCAAAUCACGGACUAGAAAAGAAUACAUACCUGGGUCCCGGACAGGCGGGUGGGGGAUUCUUAUUGCUUUGUAUUUUGCUCAUGAUGACGCUUUCCCUUCAAAUGAUCUUACCAAGGAAGAAAUCAUUCAGACCGCUCAAGAAUUUUGUGAUUCAAGCUAUACAAUACCAGCAGCUAGAGGAGGAGGGGCUGGCAAUAGCGGUAAUUUUACAGCCUGGUCGAAUAUGUCAAAAUUGAAGGAGGAAGGCUUGGUACUCGGUCUCAAUGGACGGCCAGCCAAGUGGACUCUAACACGGCAAGGCCUAACCCUGGCACGUGCGGUAGCUCGACAAGCAGCACUUCCUCAGCUUGAGAUCAAUGAGGAGACUUUACCCAUUGGUCCACAACGUGCACCUCUUUCACCGCAUACUUCGAGCCAAUCUAUGGCCGGGAGUUGUCAAAAUAGAAAGUCGCAAGUCGAAUCAUUUUUCGAUCGAAUAAACCCUCAAGAGUGGCAAGCUGGGACGUAUGACAUUCGCCUGCUACUGGAUCAUCGAGAAUUGAAGUCCACUGACGACCGGUCAGCUUUCUUCGACCUAUGUCAAGCGGAGGCUCUAAAGCUGGCAAAUAGAAAGGAGGCUGCAAUCGUGGUAGAGCAACGCGUACUUCCUGUUGGAGAUGCUCUCUGGAUUGCUGUUCACAAAGUGACUGGAGAAGAGGUGGUUCUGGAUAGUAUAGUCGAACGCAAGCGACUUGAUGAUCUCUGUACCAGCAUUCACGAUGAUCGCUAUCACGAGCAAAAGGCACGCUUGAAAAAGUCGGGAUUGAAAGACAUCAUCUAUCUCGUUGAGAACUAUAAUCAAAAAGCCAAUCAAGUUAAAUUCGGACAGAUGAUACAGACGGCAAAAGCGGAAGUCAUGGUAUUGAAUGAUUGUCACUUGGAAUUGACAGAUGACUGGAGGGCGUCCGUGAGAUAUCUGAUCAUGCGAAGUCGCGUGAUCUUUGAAGUUCAUCAAAACCUCGAUCUUUGGGUGAUUCCAGAUGAUAAGAUCGACAGAGCUUCAUAUCUUUCAACCUUGAGCACUCUUCGCAAAUCACACCCCAGUCAUUACUGGGUAUCAUCCUACCCCUCCUUUGAGAAACUCAACGACAAGUCAGCCAAUCUGAAUGUUCGUCAGAUCUGGGCGCGUAUGGCUUUUUGCAUCAGUGGAAUGAGUGCUGAAAAGGUAGAUAGCCUUGUUAAGCGCUGGGAAUCUCCCAGGACAUUUUGGGAUGCCUAUAAGGAACAUCGGAUUUCUUCAUCAACCCAGGUACAGGAAUGGAGUUGGAUCCAAGAUGCAAAUGAGUCCGAGUUCCGGCGGAUUACACCCAGUCUGUGCAAAAAGAUUUGGGAUAUUUUUAAUUCAUCAGAAUAUGAUGCACAGGAUGGAGUCUGAUGAUUGUAGGUGUCACCCGACAUCUUGUGUUUUCACUAUGGUGGUAUAUUCUCUACUUUUUGAUCAGACUUAUACCAACUUGCAGAUACUACAAGAUAUCAAGCUGUGAAACAUUUCUUCUUAAUACUUCCAAAAUACUCUUGUGCCUUACUAGAUAUCAUCGUUAUGUUAAACUCUGGCCUCCGGAGACACCUAGACAGGGCAGAACAUAUGUGAAGGAAAUCGAACCAUUUAAGUGGAGGUCACAUC